AUGAAUCCGCCCACGGUGACUUCUUUAACCGACUGCUGGGCAAAGCCAAGCACCUGCUCCUCCAGUCGGUGCUCCCGGGAGGACCCCGGCUGCCGCGUCCCCGGCUGCUUCUCGGGGUCCCUUUUCUACGCUUCCCGGGAGCUGGGGGCCCGGAGGCGCCCCCGGACCCGCGGCGAGGGCCCGCCCCAGCGCGUCCCAUCCGUGGUGAUGCGCGUCCCCAGGGUCGGGCCCCGGCACAGCCAGAUCUCCGCGGGUCUCCUGGGCGCCCCAUCUCCACGGCCUGAGUCGCCGCGGCCGCCGUUCCCCUCCAGGGCGGCCGGGGGCGCCACCUGGCGGGCGCGGAUCGCGACUGCAGGGCCAGCGGGGGAGCCCCCAGCCCAGCUCCAGGGGUUGGCCUGGCAAGAUCUUCAGCUGGAAGGGGGUGCCUUGGGGUCCUGGGGGAGUGCCCCCCUGCCCUCCUCCAGGGCCAGGGGACCAGCAUCUUCAGGCAGGAAAUACUCAGACCACUGUGAGGCCCGGGCCUCGAGGCCUGGAAAGAGCCGCAUCCCUGGCCGAGACCACCGGCGCUACUACCACGACCACUGGCGGCUGGAGUAUCUGAUGGACUUCAACCCUGCCCGGCAUGGCAUGGUGUGCAUGGUGUGUGGCAGCUCCCUGGCUACCCUCAAGCUCAGCACCAUCAAGCGCCACAUCCGCCAGAAGCAUCCCUACUCUCUGCAUUGGAGUCCCCGGGAGAAGGAAGUCAUCAGCAACAGCUGGGAUGCCCACCUGGGGCUGGGGGCCUGUGGAGAGGCUGAGGGCCUGGGGGCCCAAGGGGCUGAGGAGGAGGAGGAGGAGGAUGAAGAGGAGGAGGAGGAGGGGGCCAGCCUCCAAGCUUGCCCGCCCAAGGGCCCAGGCAAAGCCCCAGCUGGUGGGGGCUGCCGGCGCCAGCGGAGAGGGGGCCCAGUGGCACCCCGGGCUCGGCGUCGGUGCCUCUCAGCCUCCCGGAGGGCCGGGGGCAGCAGGGGGCUGGGGGCCCGGCGCCUGGAGCGGAGGCUGAAGGAGUCCCUGCAGAAUUGGUUCCGGGCCGAGUGUCUCAUGGACUAUGACCCGCGGGGGAACCGGCUGGUGUGCAUGGCCUGUGGCCGGGCACUGCCAAGCCUGCACCUGGACGACAUCCGUGCCCACGUGCUGGAGGUGCACCCCAGCUCCCUGGGGCUCAGUGGCCCCCAGCGCAGUGCCCUGCUGCAGGCCUGGGGCGGCCAGCCUGAGCUCACCCAGUCCCCACCAGACGAUGACCUCGUCCCCCAGGACCUGACCACAAAGAGCCGGGACUCGGCCCCCGCUGCUGGAGCCCCCUCCUCUCAGGAUCUCAGCCCCCCAGACGUAAAGGAAGAGGCUGGCUGGGUCCCUGAGAGGCCCGGGCCCGCAGAGGAGGAGGAGCUGGAGCAGGGCGAGAGGGCGGGGGUCCCUGGCCGGUCGCCGCGGGGCCGCGACCGCCCCCGCCAGUCCCAGGAGCGCUGGCGGCUGGAGUACCUCAUGGAGCUGGACGGCGGCCGGCGCGGCCUGCUGUGCCUGGUGUGCGGGGGCGCGCUGGCCUCGCUCGAGCUGAGCACCGUCAAACGGCACAUCCGCCAGCGCCACCCGGGCUCCACGCGCCUCGGCGGGCCUGUCAAGGCCCUCUUCGCCCACGAGUGGAGCGACAAGGCCGCCCACCUGCUGGCCCUGGGGCUGCCCUGCCCAGAGUCCCGCCCGGGCCCUGCCGCCCCCAGCCCAGCCGCAGCCUCCGAAGAGGGGGGAGGGGACGAGGAGGAGGAGCCAGAGCAGGCGGAGGAGGAGCGGUGGGCUCAGAGUUAG